UUUUUGUGUGUGCGUACCUUAUUCUCACUUUCUCACACCUCACUCACACUCACACUCACACUCGCACUUAACUUACACUUGCACUCUCUCAAAUUCCUCUCUCACUCUCCGCCACAACUUACUCGCGCUCUUUUUUCUCUUCUUUUCUUUUCUUUUCUUUUAUAUAUAUAUAUAUAUAUAUCUUUCUAGUUCUCGCAACAGAUAAAUCCACAUUGCUCUUUCCACCAACAUAGAACUCUUUCCUCCUCAUCCUCUUCCAUCCUCACUCUUUUCCAUCCUGUAUCCUUUUAAAUUCUCAACUCUUUCGAUUUGAGGAUCGUUACGCCACAACCCCCAAUCACAGCCCUCAUUUGUCUCCAACAGUUCUCUUUGCCCUUGCCGUUGCCACACAUUCCACUCGCAGUAAUCACACAUAAUUCCAUGUCAGAGUCAAUACGAAGCCUCAAUGGCUUACGAUUCCGUCCAUGUCAACCUCGAUUUCAACUCUUUCGAUUCCUUUCCUCUUUAUUCGUCCUCAUCCUCUGCAACCUACUACUGCUUUGUCCAACAACCGAGGCAUGGCCCUAUGUCGAUUGCUCGGGCGCAAACCCAAUCUUUGCCCUCCAAAGGGCUAGAGCCCAUUAUGACCACACCAACAAUUCGAUCGGUCUCUUGCUCGAAGGACAAUUCACUGACACGUAUUGGGCUCAAGGUUAUUCAGUAGAAGCAACAAGUCAAUGGAGAACAUCAAUUCAAACCACCAUCAUGGGGACUCAGCUUUACAGAAGCGAAGGUCCAGCAUGUAUGGCUGAUGGAGGCAUGAUCAUCGGAGGUUGCCCAACAGCUGCAGGCAAAGGCACAAUCCAAACGAGCUUCAACAUUUCUCAGUCCGCUCCAUUUGCAGAACUGAUGAUAACGCUUCAAAUCAUUGGCAGUAACAACCAGUCGAUUGCAUGUGUAGCAGUACUAUUGGAACAGACGAUGCCCGAGGUCAGCACUGCCAUAAGCUAUUUACCCUUGGCACUUGCAGUGCUCUCCGGAGCCAUCAGUCUAACCGCGACCAUCAUGAGAGCAUCUGUCGGGAACGGCUUCUUGGGCGCCGUGGCCUCUUAUGGUCUUCCUACCGAAAUCAUCUCAGUCCAUACUCCUGGAUUCUUUGAUAUAAUCUUCUAUACACAGUUCAUGUUGAUGACAGGACAACUCUCAGUCAACUACCCAUCCUUCUAUUCAACUUUCACAUCCCUUUUUCAUUGGUCUUUUCUAGAAUUCGCCGAUACAUUAACCGGAAAGGGUCCAGCAAAUGCAACAGAUGUGCUGAAGUACGGAGGAUCCGGAUCCGUCAACCUCAUCAAGGGAUCACAAUCUCCUGGAUGGAACGGCACAAACACCAAUAAUAACGAAACCUUUACCUUGAGCGCCACCAGCACCGAUACUAUCAACAGCAAAAACCUUUUCCGAAAGAGGCGUCAGUUGUACCCACUACAACAAGGAGGAGAUGAAGAGCGGUCAUUUGAUUUGAAUGGAGUCCUGCCGGCUAUUGGGACAACACAGGCAGCAGCUUCAAUCCUUCGACCAACAGCAUUAAGAGUAACAUCAGCUAUUUAUUUGCCAUCAAUAGUUGCAACACCUGCGCCUGAACCAACCGCCUUCCCAGUAACAACUCAAUCUCUACCAAGGGUGAAACGGCAGAAAGCUAUGGAUUCUCCAACAGAUGUUGAGUCAUCUCCAGAGCCAUCAUCAAGCACUUCAUCAACCUCUACCAGCUCAACCAUCUCUUCCUCCUCCUCCUCCUCCUCCUCCUCCAGCUCAUCCGACUCGACAAGCUCCUCAUCAUCCUCUCGCACUAAACAGACUUCAAAAGGAAGCGGGCCAAAACCAACACCUCCAGCAUCGCGAACGGCACCAGUCCGUCCACCCGCGUCCUCGACUUCAACAGCAUCGCUGGUCAUCCCAACGAUCACAGACGCAUUUACAAACCAGACUUGGGUCUCUGUUCAAUACAACAUCUCGAGAUUCGGUAUGGAGGCCUACGCAGCAGCCAUUGGAGCCUUUCCCUCAUCUCUCUUCCUCGGAACAAUCAUCAAUGCUGCAUUAGCAGCUGCAGGUUCGCUCUUGAUCUCAGCAGCACUCUUAGGUGUAGCAUGGAUUAUGGCCAAAGAAAACCAUCAGCGUGGCAAGACACUUUAUCAUGCUCUCAACUUUGUAGUAGGCAACCUACUCCGCGUUUGGUCAUUGCUCUAUACCCCAUUAGCACUCUCUGCAAUGUAUCAGCUGACAAUAUCUGGAAAUGUAGGGUUAACUAUUUCAUCAGCAGCUAGUUUGCUUAUUGUUUCAGUAGCCCUGACUAUAUUCUUCGCUUGGAGGAUCCUUCGUGCCUCAUCAGAACUUCUUCUCUAUGACGACCAAGCAACUUUACUUAAAUACGGUACCCUUUACAACACUCUAGUCCAGGAAGGUACCCUUUUCUUUUUAGUCACCUUGCUUGUCCGGUUCUUGUGGGGGUUGGCGAUUACAAUGCUCUCAUCAUUCGGGGUUGCGCAAGUAGUCGUGCUAAUGGUCGUCGAGCUUGGAUAUGUACUAAUGAUCGGCAUUAAAUGGCCCCAUGCACAAUCUGGUGACAACAAAUUCCAUCUCUUCUUGGGCAUCAUCCGGAUCGUCAUCACUGGUUGCUCCAUCGCUUAUAUUCAUGACUUGGAAGCAUCCCCAGAUCUACGACAGUUGGUUGCAUACAUUCAAAUGGCACUACAUUUGGCAGUAUUUAUUGUCAUGUUUGCGCUCGUGCUCUGGAAUAUAAUUCAAGUCUGUAUGUUCUCCAAAAUCCGGCGUUCAGGAGCAUGGAAAGGGCCUACAAAGACCUAUAGUUUUGAUGACCCCAUCGAGGAUCCUGAACAAACAUGGGGACUUGCCUCAGGACGGCCACUCACGAGAGGAGGCGCAGGAGAAGGUAUUGGCAAUGGUCUUGUCAGUCAUCGACAUGAUGUUCAGGAUCCUAAAAACAAAAGGUUCACAGUCCUGUCAUAUCCAUCUUUAGGCAGCAAUAACCAUGUUGGUAGCAGAGCACAACGACUAACUAUGCAGCAUGUGUUACAUGCACCCCCCACCAGCCUUGCACAGCACCAGAUGCUUCAUCCUGAUGACUCUGAUGACGAUACAUUGAGAUAUGGAUCUCCUGCUGAAAGGUAUCGACAGUCAAGACUGAUGGACCAUCAUCAGUCUCGGUUUGGGCCGGCUGCUGCUGCUGCUGCUGCUGCUGCUGCUGCUGCUGCUGCUGGCGCAGGAUCUGAAGAUGGUGGCUCGGCAGCGGACGAUCUCAUGCUGGAAACCCAUCUCAGCAGCCUUACUCCUCUGACAGGACCUGUUGGAUCAGGCUCUCGACCCUCAAACUCGCCACCCUCUCGUCCACAUUCCCAAGGUCUCUCUAGUGAUGCUACCGGAUCGACGAAACUCGGCAGUAGCAACCGACGAUCACCAUCUCCUGUAGGUGUCCGUGGACACUUGCCUCAGAGAGAAUCAUAUGCCAAUUUCCAAAGAAUGUCUCAUCAACAGCAGGACCCUAGGACCAGGAGAAUGUCCGAUAUCAUGCGUGAUGGGCCUUAUCUUUACGACCCACGCAAGGAAGGAGGACAAGAGAACACGGCGGUUAACGAAGCGUCACAUAACGUGCCCAAGAAGAGCUUGUUUUCAGGAUUUGCUUCCUCUUUGGGAGCAAUGUUCAGGUUCGGAAGACAAUCAAGGAAUGCACCCAAGUCUGCAGAUGGUUCAAAGCCCAAAGCUUUUGAAGUCAUGCGGCCGCCUCGUCCAAACCAUGUAUCCGGGGAGCCGUCUUCGACUGGCUUCGGUGGCGGCUCUGUAUUGGAUGAGACUGGUUCUCAAGCAGGAGGCGAUCAGGUUCGGGAACUGAAUCCGUUGGGGAUUUAUCAGGUCAUUAGGGCGAACGGCCGCGGCUAUGAGACAGGCCGGAAUCUGUUUGUGGCGAAUCCAUCCGCCAUGAUCUCCAGGACGGGAAGCUUAGUCUCGACUGUCUCUGGAGCUGUGGGCGCCGGCGGUGGUUAUUCUAACUAUCAAGCAUCUGGCUCGCCCACUGUCUCUGCAACUAUCACAGCGAAUGCAAGGCUAAAGAGAAACGGAUCAGGCACUGCAGAAUCUGUCAAGACACUAAACUAUCCAAGACCUAGAGGCGUGAGUUCGGGGCUUGGAGGAUCAAAUCUUGCGGGUGACCGAAAUUCAAUUGGUGCCACAUCAGAGCAUGGUGGCUCAGAUCGAGGCUCAAGGAGGACUUCUUACGCUGCGGGAGGCAACACCAUACUGACCCCAGUACCUGGGAGCAGCGCAGCUAGUCAGUUCUAUCCCUCACGCCAUUCUGCUGAGAGUACAAACAACAUUGCAGAAGCGCUUACGAUUGACGCGCCUCUGUUGCUCCAGGGUGGUGGAAUCCUAAGAGUUUCAAAGGGGCCUGAGAAGGCUGUUCAGUAUCACAAGGAGGCUGGGCAAUAUGUCGAAUCGAUUGCGGAGUCGCUGAAGGACGAGAAAUCCGAGGAGCGCGACAGGGUACUAGCUGUAUCGUCAUCAGUAUCAUCAUCUGCCCCAGCGGCGGUGCCGGCUUCAGCUACAGCUUCAGUCCCAGUCACAACCGCAAGGACAGGAUUAGGAUCAGCAGGUCUCGCUGGAGAGACUGUGACGAUGGAUGCACCAUCUUUGCUUCUUCCAUCUAUUCAAGCUCAAUCAGUACAAGCUCGGGGUCAGGUACAAGCAACGCCGCAAGAUGAAGAGUUUUCGCCUUCGCCUGUCAAGGCCCGUUCAUUGGCUGGAAGCAGUAUUUUAAGCGGUAGUGCUGGUAAUAACAAUAAACCUGGAAAUGAACAGAGUACUACUGCUAGUGGUAGCGGCAGUGGUGGUGCUCCUUCAAGUCCUACGGAGAGCCAGGAGAGCCCAACAACGGCACAGGUGGCGGCUAGUGCUGGAAGGAUGCACGAGAUCUUGGGCCGCAUGUUUUCGGAUCGAUCGGUACGUCUCCACAGUGACCAUGAGCAUGAUUCAGAUUCUAUUAUGAGUGAAGGAGAUACGGCUUCGACGUUUUCAGGACGGAUGUCGAUGCUAAAGCAACAACAACACCAAGGCGAUAACCAUAACCAUGGUUAUGGCUAUGGCUAUAGUACUGGUGCUACAACUACAGGUGAGGGAAAGCGACUAUCUUUAGAUGCCCAGUCUAUGGAACGGUACGAUAUGCUAGAACCCGUGGCUGAGGGCUCGGACAUGGAAACAGACUCUGAACUUCAGAACAAUCACCGGAAACAACAACAGGAUCUUGAUGAAGAUCGAACACCACGACAGUCAAUGCUUGCUCUUCCUGCUGCCAAUACUGCUAGUACCUCUGCUGCUACUUCUGGCGCCAGUACCGACCAUGGCCCUAGUCAUCAAUCACCCAUAUCUAGCCCUGAAGUAAAGGGAGUCUCAGCUCCUGUGACCAACUCUGUCAAGGAAACCUCUUUGACUACAGCAGAGAAGCCAUACUCAUCUGAAUCUCCACUGAUGCGUACCUUUUCUGGAUCAUCUCAACCCCGAGUAUCUAUGUCAAAACAAAACUCAUUCUCUAGUCGCCCCCUGGCACAAUCGCCGCUGCAUUCGCCUUCCGUUCAGUUGGGCUCUGGAUCUGUUGGUGGUGAUCUAAGUCGCCAGACCUCCAUUCAUUCUGGUGGAGUCAAGAUGGAGUAUCUGGACAUGGACUGGUUAAAUCGCGACCCCAACUCUCCCUCAAACGAUCCGCACAACCUCGAUAAUAUGUAUGAACGCAGCAACAACUUUUUGAAUCGUAAUGCGUCGAUCGGCACAGUGCGUACCGAGGCUUCAUACAAGACUGCUGUCUCACAAUAUUCAUCUGAUGAUGAGGAAGUUUGAAAAACAGUGCGUCAAGAUGCUUUAUGUAUACCUUUGUACAAAAACGUGUAAUAAAAGAUGCAAAC